CCAAAUAACUUUCACCCAAAACUUUUUUUCUCAUCAUGGAGUUCAUAUUCGUUAUUUUGAAUUCAUAUUCCAAAGGUAUUUCUUCGUUAUCUACCCUGACUUCCCUGACUGAUCCGGAACGCUUACCAGAAUUACCGCCUGGAGAAGAACAACGCUUACAACGUGCAGCCCUUCACCUACAACAAAAACUAAUUCUACGACAAUGGCUAACGGAGAAUCGACUCGGUCAACAUUAUACAAGAUUGUUAAACUUAGAGGUAUCAUCUCUCGAAGACGUUUAUUGGCUAGAAGAUUCCGAAGCUAGUAAAGUACUCGGAAAAGAUGCUGAUUUAUGGUCAAAAGUUCGUCAAAAGCUACCAACAUCAAAGCAACAACUGGAAACUAUGAAAUCUGAUUUAUGGUCAACGAUUGUAAAAUCGAGCUCUCAUCAAGACGCUUGGACGUUUGGAGAUGUACUUGUUGUGUCGAUGUCAUUUGCCGGACUCAUUACGUUGGCAGCUGUUACACAGCCAGAUUUGGCUCCCGAAGCUCGGUCAUCCCUAUUACAAUACGUUACUGGUAAAUAUUUAAUGCCAUCGAAUUGCAAAGUGAUUUGGGAUUGGAUUGAUCCGCACGUUGUUGGAGGCACAGUAAGUUUUACCGUGAGAUUUUUUCAACGCAAUGGAAAACCUUAUCCGAUCUGUGACACCGAUCAAUUUUUUGUUGAAGUUACCGAAGGAACUCGGAAGGUGGUUGUUCUUAGUGAACUUGGUUCGGAGUCAAAUCCAAAUAAUGCAAAUGUCGCUAAAAGUAAAUGAAAAUAUAUAUUCUUU